AAAUAUGUGUCAAAAUUGAGCUAUUACUACUACUUGUGCCGGAAAAUAACAGUUCCACGGGAAUGGUGGCAAUUGCGAGACAAUGAACUCAGAGCGGCAUUUCAUCAAACAGUUGAUAGGCAGGACAAAGAGCCUCCCUCUGCUCUCCGUUGCUAUCUCAUUGGAGCUCAGAAUAUGCCUCCCAUUCUCUUCAUCGGCAACGCCCACCGGUACACCAAUCCAAACUCAUCGGAAGAAAAGCCUUUACACCUCGUUUUUCUGCACACUUAUCCAUCUCUUCCUUCGCUGUCAUCGUCUUUCCAGAGCCACGGAAACGUUCUCUUCAAUGAGAAAUUACAAUCUUGUCCCUGACCUUCCUUCAUGGAACCGUCUCUUGCAUCAUUUCAAUUCUGCAGGAUUGGUUGAUCAGGUAAUUAUCCUUUAUUCUGAUAUGCUUGCUUGUGGAGUGGCUUCUAAUGUGGUUACUCGCAAUAUAGUAGUGCAUUCGCUUUGCAAAGUUGGGAAACUGGAAAAAGCGCUUGAAUUACUUAGAGAGAACGAAAGUGACACUGUUACUUAUAACACUUUGAUAUGGGGGUUCUGCAGAAUUGGGUUUGUUGAAACGGGUUUUGGAUUGCUGUCUGAUAUGUUAAAGAAGGGUGUUUUCAUUGACACCUUCACUUGUAAUAUAUUAAUUAAGGGGUUUUGUGAUAAGGGUCUUUUGUAUAAUGCAGAAUUGGUGAUGGAAAUGUUGAGUGAUAAACAUAGGGGCGUUUGUAAAGACGUUGUCGGUUUUAACACUCUGAUUCAUGGAUAUUGUAAGGCUGUUGAGAUGAGUGGUGGAUUUGAGAUGAUGGAGAGGAUGAAAAGAGAAGGUUUAUCACCUGACAUUGUUACAUAUAAUACUCUGAUUAAUGGUUUUGGCAUAAUGGGAGAUUUUGAUGCUGCGAAUUGCAUCAUGGAUGAGCUAUUGGACUGUAUUGAAAAUAUAGAUGUAAGUUAUGUCGGUGAUAAAGAAAAACAUGACCAUGAUGAUGGUGAAAAUAAGGGCCUGGUAGUAGGAGACUUGGGUUUAGAACCAAAUACUAUUACAUACACCACAUUAAUUAGUAAAUACGUUAAGUGGUUUCAGUUUGAGAAAGCAUUUGCUACAUAUGAAGAAAUGACAAGGCUUGGCUUCUUCCAUGACAUUGUUACUUAUAAUUCCCUUAUAUAUGGUCUUUGUAAAAAUGGGCAGUUUCAUGAGGCCAAAUUACUUCUUGAUGAGAUGAGAAGAGUGGGGGUGGAUCCUAAUCACAUGACAUACUCUAUCUUUAUUCAUCACUUGUACAAAAAUAAGGCUGAAAAAGUUGCUGCUAACUUCCAAAGUCAAAUAGUGAUUAGAGGAGUGCCUUUCGAUGUUGUCUUGUUUACCACUUUGAUAAAUGGGCUUUUUAAAGUUGGGAAAUCCAGGGAGGCAAAAGACAUGUUUCAGACACUCUUGGAGUGUAACAUAACUCCAAAUCAUAUUACCUAUACUGCAUUGGUUGAUGGGCACUGCAAAUCUGGUGACUUUAAGAGUGUAGAGAUUUUACUGCAACAAAUGGAACAGAAAGGUGUUUUACCAAAUGUUGUCACAUUCUCUUCUGUAAUUAAUGGUUAUGCCAAAAGUGGAAUGGUUGAGGCAGCUAUUGAAAUAAUGAGGAAAAUGGUAAGCAUAAAUGUUAGCCCUAAUGUUUUCACAUAUAAUACCCUGAUUGAUGGCUGCUUUAAGGCUGGGAAACAUGAUACGGCUCUUGCUCUGUAUGAGGAAAUGCAGUCCAAUGGUGUUGAGGAAAAUGAAUUCUUGUUAGAUACAUUUGUGAAUAAUUUGAAAAAACUGGGUAAAAUGGAUGAAGCUGAGGCCAUUUUUAUGGAUAUGACAUCUAAGGGUUUGUCACCCGAUCAUGUGAAUUACACAUCAUUGAUAGAUUUACUCUUUAAAAAAGGGAAGGAGUCAGAUGCUCUUCAAUUGGUCGAAGAGAUGAAAGAGAAAAAAAUAUGCUUUGACACAGUAGCGUGCAAUGUACUGCUUAACGGGUUAUUGGGAAUUGGUCAGUAUGAGGUACAGUCUGUUUAUGCUGAAAUUAGGAAACUUGGUCUAGUUCCAGAUAUUCAAACUUUCAAUUCUUUAAUUGAUGCUUACUGCAAAGAGGGAAAGCUGGAAAGUGCUGUCAAAGUCUGGGUUGAAAUGAAGAGCAGUGGGAUAAUGCCUAAUUCAAUCACUUGUAAUAUAUUGGUGAAGGGACUUUGUGAAGUAGGUGAUAUUGAAAAAGCAAUGGAUUUGUUAAAAGAUGUGGUGACAAAUGGUUUUCAUCCUUCACCAGCUAUUCACAAAAUUGUUCUCGAUGCUGCUUCAGGCCAUAGAAGAGCAGAUAUAAUCCUGAGAAUGCAUGAGCGGCUUGUAGGCAUAGGACUUAAGCUUGAUCAGACUGUUCACAACACUCUUAUUGCUGUUUUAUGCAAGCUAGGGAUGACCAGAAAGGCAAUGUCAGUACUAGAAAACAUGAGAGAGAGAGGAUUUUCAGCUGAUACUACCACUUAUAAUGCCUUCAUACGUGGAUAUUGCAAAAGUUACCAAUUCCAAAAGGUUUUUGCAACAUAUUCACAGAUGCUGGCUAAAGGAGUUCCUCCUAAUGUUGCAACAUACAACACUAUGUUAGCAUCUCUGUCAGCCGUUGGACUGAUGAAUGAAGCAGCUGAUUUGUUCAAUGAAAUGAAGGGAAGGGGUUUUGUCCCAAAUGCUAAUACAUAUGACAUUUUAGUCUCUGGCCACGGGAAAAUUGGAAAUAAAAAGGAAUCCAUCAAACUUUACUGUGAGAUGAUUACAAAAGGUUUUGUUCCUCGCACUAGUACCUAUAAUGUACUCAUCUUUGACUUUGCUAAGGCGGGAAAAAUGAGACAGGCCCAGGAACUAAUGCAUGAGAUGCAAGUCAGAGGGGUAAUACCAAAUUCUUCAACAUAUGACAUAUUAUUGGUUGGAUGGUGCAAGCUAUCAAAAAGGCCGGAGCUUGAAAGGUCAUUGAGACUGUCAUGCCGGAGUGAGGUAAGAAAGUUACUUGAAGAGAUGAAAGAUAAAGGUUUCACUCCAAAAGAAACCACCCUUUGUUAUAUCAAUCCUGGCUUUUCAAAAUUGGGAGAAAAUGAUACAGAAUGGUGGUUGAACAGAUGGCACAAGACAAAGCAGAGUUGAUUCUUCAAAAAAUAAGAAGUUACCUAAGGAUGGAAUUCUCUUAUUUUUUUUGGUUUCUCUCUUGAAACAUCAGGUUAAGUUUUGUGGAUGAGAGAACCGAGCAGAUGAGAAGAAACAAAUAAGGCAAAGGACCUGAAGAAAAAGGAGAGAAAUCAGGACAAUUUUAUCUUCUUUUCAAGAAUUUCCAGCCGACAUGAUGAGAGCUUGAAGCAAAGUUUCGAGGAUAUAUCUGCACUUGAAGCUAAUGCCAGAACAUGUAUGAACCAUUGAAUACAGUGAGAGAUGUAUUCAAUUUUUGGCAGACUGCAAUGAGGAUCAAUGAGAUAUUCAGAGGAGGGUUGGGAUUUAGUUUUUAGAAGACUUCUCAAUGAUUGGGAGGUGGAAAGGUUGGCUGAGUAAUUAGGGAUGCUACUAGAUGGAGUGAUCAUAAACACAAAUGCCACAGACAGGAUGUUGUGGAAGCACAACAAAGAUGUCCCUUCUCAGUCAACAGUGCUUACAGAAGAGGUCUCCAGGUGAUGGCAGGGACACCAAAACACCUCUGGAAAUAUUUUUGGAAGGGGGAUAGCCCUAAAAAAGUGAAAUGCUUCACUUGGCUAGUGAUAAAGAGAGCUUGUUUAACACAGACAAUGUCAGAAUGUACAUCAGACCUGUCGAAGAGCUGGGUAAGGAGAGGAGGCACCAAGAGUCAAAGGAGGCAGUGAAGGUUAAUACCAUCAUUGUAUAUGGUGGUCAGUUUGGAAGGAAAGGAAUGGUAGAUGCUUCAAAAAUAGAUCCAAUUCCUUACACAAGGUCAAAUGGAAUUGUAUAGUAUCUCUAACUUUUGGUGUAAACAGUUGUGUAGUAGAUACAGAUCAGAUUGUAGAUUUGUUAGGAUAUCUGUAAUUGACACAUUUUGGUGGUGGACAGCAUGCCCUUAAUGCUGAAGAAUACAAUCUUACCAGUUUUUAAAAAAUAAAAAUAAAUUACCAAUCAUUUAACUGAGUGCAAAUGACUUUGAUUUAGAUCUUACAGCAUGAUGAAGACACUUUAAAUUACCUCAAGAUAUCAAGUGGUGUAGGAUUAUUGAUCUAAAGGGUUUUAAGUUCCAUUUCUUUCUUUGAUGCAUAACUUUCUCAAGAGUUCUGUCUUUACUGAAACCUAUCACAUGAUUGAUGAUGAUGAGUGUAAAUUGGAGAAGGCCUUAAUGGUAGGUUUUAACUUCUUGGGUUUAUAUCAUAUGAUCCUGUUAUUGUUUGCUCAUUUGAUGUGGGAUGUCUUGUUGGACCGACAUUUGAAUGGCACUAUCCAGGUAAAGGCUUGACUACCAGAUCCUAAAAGGGAAUUCAAAGGAGGAGUCAAAAUAUGCUAAACCUAUAAUCAGGACUGUACCUGCAAAAGAAUUUUCAAUACCUUUAAUCCACCAAAAAUUGGCAAAGAUGAUGAUGACAAUAAUGAAGAUGUUGUAGGUUCAACAGCUUUAAGUUGCCGUACCCAUAUCAGAUCCUCAAAAAAUGCACUACUUUUGGAGGAUUUGACACAGACCUGUCUAUAUUUCUGAAUAGUUGGAGCAACAAAGCUAUUAUUUUGUUCAAUUACACUGUAUGUGAUUCAGAAUUUUUGCCUUUAUUAUUUGGGUGUGCUGAUAGUUUUUUUGGUCUGUCCAUAUGAUUUUUUCAACUGUCCUUAAUGAAGAUGUUGUAGGUUCAACAGCUUUAUGUUGCCGUACCCAUAUCAGAUCCUCAAAAAAUGCACUACUUUUGGAGGAUUUGACACAGACCUGUCUAUAUUUCUGAAUAGUUGGAGCAACAAAGCUAUUAUUUUGUUCAAUUACACUGUAUGUGAUUCAGAAUUUUUGCCUUUAUUAUUUGGGUGUGCUGAUAGUUUUUUUGGUCUGUCCAUAUGAUUUUUUCAACUGUCCUUAAUGAAGAUGUUGUAGGUUCAACAGCUUUAUGUUGCCGUACCCAUAUCAGAUCCUCAAAAAAUGCACUACUUUUGGAGGAUUUGACACAGACCUGUCUAUAUUUCUGAAUAGUUGGAGCAACAAAGCUAUUAUUUUGUUCAAUUACACUGUAUGUGAUUCAGAAUUUUUGCCUUUAUUAUUUGGGUGUGCUGAUAGUUUUUUUGGUCUGUCCAUAUGAUUUUUUCAACUGUCCUUUGAGUCAUCAUCAUCACUAAAGAUGAGACGAAUGUCUUUUGUGGCAUUUUUCUUAGGUGAACGAUGGAAAUUGCCUGUUGUUGUUCUUUUAGUAUGUUACAUAUGUUUGUUAAUUCAACAUAAUCGUAGAAUAGUGCCAUAGCAUAAUUUGAAGAAGGUCAACAUGGAGAAUGUCCUCCAAAGUGCGAACAGCAGUUUGUACUUUGCCGAUAGCUGGUUGAAGAAAUGGAAUUAAUUUGGUAUGCACUAAUUACCUUAAAGAGUGCUUUUUUAUUCCUAAGGAAGUUGCAAUAUGAGACUCCCUUUUUUUCCUGUUUAUUUAUCAAAAUUGGAUGAGCAGUUUAUGUUCCACAUUGGAACUAUGCUGCCUAGCCCAGAGUUGAAAUUGCACUGAAGUCGGCUAAUGUUGCAAAGAAAGUAUCUAGCAUCAAGAUCCAGACUUGUGAUACCUUCUUUCUGUAUCUCAGAUAUGGUAUGGUUUCUUAAAUUUCUAUGUGGACGCAUGUUUUUCUUCUUUGUUUUCCUUACUGUUGCAGUAAGUUGCCAACGUAAUUGAGUGAGCUAUGCUUGUUUGAGAGGGUUUUUAGUUAUACCGUUAAUACUUAAAACGGUGCAGAAUUUUUCUGUGAUUGGUAUAAACCUUGUUUGGUUCAUUUUGUGGCCUUCUGAAUGGACUAUUCUUUUGUUGUCAAUUCUCUGAGUUCAAUAAUAUUGGCUGAAAAGAACCUUUUUUCUUUUCAAAAUACAUCAGCUCUGUCAUGGAGCGACAUGAAAAGGGGCUUCAAAAGUGCUAAUAGAUACUGUCUCUGGAUGUCAGAAAUUAUCUAGUUCUGUCACUGCAAGGACAGAAAGAUGCAUAAAGUUCAUUCGUUUAAGUUCGGGGCAGCUCUUACAUGUGCAAAUUUUCCUACUGGAUUUUGGUGUUUAGCUUAUGGCUUAACUGUUUCUGGUAUAUUUUAUUGUGUGUGGUGAAAUAUGCCUGCUGAGGAAAUCUAUGGUUGCUAAUAGUCGUGCUACUAACACAACAUUGAACUUGUAUUCUAGCUUAUGUGUUCAUUGUGUGUCUCUGAAAUUGCAUUUGAGUUUUUGCACCGAUGGAUUGUCUGCAUUUGUUCAUAAACCCAAACGGUUAUUGCUUCUUCAUUUCGUCCUCUUUAUCUCCGGCAUUUUACCUACCAGACUUUCUGUAUCAGGUGGAGCUUGAAACAACAUUUUGAGCUUCUGCAACUCAGUUUUGUGGCCUUCAGCUAAUGCAGUUACAUCAUGGGUGGAAUCAGCUCUUACAAUGCCGGCAUCAGUUAGUUUUCUUGGACUCGGACUUGUUCUCCGCACAGCUAGUCGUUUAUUUAUUAUACAGCUCAGUUUGUCCAAUGAAUAAAUGUAUCCUGUUAAAAUUACUAGAUGUGACAGAUCGAUCAUGAAAUUUUCUUGAUGAUCUUCAGUGCUAUUCCAUCAAUAAAGAGAAUUUCACAGG